AUGAAGUCAAAGAUUGUGUGGCUUCUUCUAUUUUCACUCCUUUGCCAGCGAGUGCAGAGCUUGUCUCCUGAGGAAUAUUUAGAAAUAGAGGAGGAGCUAAGGCGUUUGAACAAGCAUGCUGUCAAGACAAUUCAGACGGAGUAUGGAGACAUGUACGACUGUGUGGAUUUUUACGAGCAACCCGCAUUCGAUCAUCCUUUGUUAAAGAACCACUCCUUCCAUUUCGGGAUGAGGCCUAGUUUUCAUCCUGAGAGAAGAACGGACCAGGAAACAUGGUCAGCGAGUGGAAUUAGAAGCGCGACUAUCAAGCGCUUAGACUGCCCUACUGGGACUGUCCCUAUCAGAAGGACAAGUAAGGAAGAACUAAUCGCGGCCAAAAUGCAGGUGAAAGUUCACGCUCGACGCUCUGAUCCAAACACCGUCGAGGAACACGGCCUCCAUAUUGCUAUCGUUCGAACUGAAUUCGGCUCCCUAAAGAAGUACAAUGGAGGAGGCAUGUUCAGCAGCGUGGAAGUACCAAAAGCCUGGGGGGCACAGUACAGCGCAGGCCAAAUGAAAAUAGAGAAUAUCCCUGAUUUCAUUCAAGCUGGGUGGAUGGUGAAUCCGUCCUUGUACUCGGACAAUCUGACCCGCGGGUUCAUCUUCCAAAAGAUGGGCAAAUCAUCUUGCUUCAAUGUCCACUGCCCGGGGUUCAUUCUCGUGCGUUCUGAUCACCCGGUCGAUGCAAUUUUCGAGGCACAUUCUCACACGGGAGGACCGGUGUACACAUACAAUUACUUCAUUUACCGGGAUCCGACAAGUGGAGUUUGGUGGCUAGAACUAGGCGAGGACUCCAUUGUGGUUGGGUUUUGGCCGCGGAAGAUAUUCUCUAGCCCCGGCUUGCAAGACUUGGCCACUUACUUGGAAUGGGGGGGCCAAACGUACAGCCCGCCGGAUGUGAAAAGCCUGCCCAUGGGGCGCGGCGAUUUUCCGACCGGCGACGUCAAGUUGACCGCCUCUUGUCAGGACAUCACCACCAUCACAGAGGCCCACGACCAGGUGCCUGCCACUGACACCCAAGCAUAUUCCGACAAGGAAAAGCAUUAUUUGGCCAUGGACAGAGGCUAUCUGAAGGGCCCUCUACAGCAUGUUAUGUUUUACGGCGGCCCCGGCGGGGCCACUGGCUGGAUCUAG